AUGUAUAAGGGUAAUGGAGAACUAACGGAGAGACAAGGGAGACAAAGUAAGAGGAAAGAAGAUAAGAAAAAUAAUAAUAAGGCGAUAGAAAGUAUAAGAAACAGAGGGGGGAGCUUUAUUUUCUUUCUUCUCUUUAUCUUUCUUCUCUUUGUCCUUUUUCUUGUUUUUUUCUUUCGCUUUUUUUUUUCGUAUAUUAUGCAUUCUUUUUUUCUCUUUUUUCCUUUUCUUCUCUACUUUAUUUUCCUUUUUGUCUAUUUACUUCUUUCGUCUCUUUUUCAAUUCUAUCGUUUCUUUUCUUUUCUCCUUUCUUCUGUCGUCACUUUGUUCAUUCAUAACUUCCUUCGUCUCUAUGUCCUCUUUCGUUUACUUUUCUUUCGUAUCUCUCCCUCUUCUUUCAAUUCUUUAUGCUUUCUUUCGUCUAUUUUUCUUCGUUUUUCGUCUCCUUUUCUCUACUUCUGUUUAUUUUUUUUUUUUCUUUCUUUCUUUUCUUUCUUUUCCUUUUUUUUUCUUUCUUUCUUUUCUUUUCUUUCUUUCUUUCUACUUUUGUCUCUUUCCCUCUCUUUUGUCUCUUUUCAUCUUUCAUCUCUUUAUGUCUUCUUAUUCCUAUUUUUCUUCUUUGUCUUUUUUGUUUUUCAUUUUUUGUCUUUUUCUUCUCGUUUCUUAUUCCUUUUUUUUCUUUCUUUUUCGUCUCGAACGUGUUGUUUUUCAUUUUUUACUUUUUUCUUCUUUAAGUUUUUUUUUUCAUUUUUUUUCUUUCUUUUUUUCUUCUUAUUCGAAAUCGGACGUGUUUUCUCAGCCCGCUCCAUUUCCUAA